GUCUUAUGUGUUCUGUGGGUCUGUGAAGUCAACAACUCUCGUUCUCUCGUCUCUUUGUUCCAUGUCAAGUGAUGACAUUAGGUGAAUUAGUCACAAGUGUUGUUUAUUUUGAACGUGUUUUGAACUUUGAGAAAGUUUUUGAAAAUAUAUCAGCCUGGCGUGAAAAUACAUUCAAAAAUAAGCAAAAUUAUAGCUGCAAAGUCAAUUAUUUAAGUACGACUUUCAAGAAGUGAGGAUAUAUUUAAUAAGAAGUUUGAUGAACAGAUUUUAAAAGAGAAACAUGGCUAGUGAGGCUCUAGUGGUACAGGCAGUUUACUGUUAUAAGAAAACAAAUAAUGACGAGCUUACUUUCAAGAAAGGAGAUAUAAUCACUAUUACUCAAAAAGACGAUGGAUGGUGGGAAGGAACACUUAAUGGUGAAACUGGAUGGUUUCCAAGCAAUUAUGUCAAAGAACUGAAAGAUGUUCCUAAACCUCAUAUAAAUCAGGAGAACCAAUAUAGAAGUGUGGUACUAAAAGAUUUAAUAGAUUCAGAAAAAGCACAUGUCACAGAAUUAGAAGCAUUGGUCACAAAUUUUUUGCAACCAUUAGAAAAAAGCACAUUCCUCACACCAGAUGAAUAUAAGCAACUGACAAGCAACAUCACUGAUGUUCUUGAAACACACCAGCAAUUACUGAAUCUUGUAGAAGCUGAGUCUGCAAAGCCUGGUAAUGAACAGAGAGUUGGGAAGAUAUUUUUGAAUUGGGCAACAAAAAUGAAAAGUGUUCAUCAGACAUAUUGUGCCUCACAUCCUAGAGCAGUUUGCAUUUUGGAAAAACACAGAGAUGAGUUGACAAAGUACAUGGAAUCAAAAGGGGCUGCAAGUCCAGGUGUAUUAGUUCUGACUACAAUGCUGAGUAAGCCUUUUAGAAGAUUGGAUAAGUAUUCAGGAAUGCUGCAAGAAUUGGAAAGAUAUGUAGAGGAGUGUCAUCCUGAUAGAGGUGAUACUCAAAGGUCUGUCAGUAUUUACAAAGAUAUUGCAGCCACAUGCUCUGCUACCAGGAGACAAAAAGAGCUAGAACUUCAAGUGCUCACUGGUCCAGUAAGAGGUUGGGAGGGACCAAGCUUAACCACUCUAGGAGAUAUUAUUUACAUGGGAUCAGUAGCAGUUGGUCCACAACAUCAUGACAGAUAUUUUGUUCUAUUUCCUUCCACACUUGUUAUUCUUUCAGUCAGUCACAGAUUAAGUGCUUUCAUAUAUGAGGGAAAGUUAUUCCUAACAGGAUUGACAGUAACCAGACUAGAAGAUAGUGAUCAAUACAAAAACGCAUUUGAAAUCAGUGCCCCAAUGAUUGACAAACGAGUAGCUGUAUGUCAAAGUAAAGAAGAAGCAGAUCAUUGGGUAGAGCUACUAAAGAAUCAAAUGCCAAGGGCUUCUAAUGCCUCAACUCUGAGUCAGAAGGUAGCACCUUCUCAGGCGCAGUUUGUUCCUCAGCCUCCACCUCAUGUAAGAACUAUAUUGUAUAUUUUUAUUGAUUUGAUGUUACUAAUGCUUAUUCAAAAGAUCUAAAAUUUGGAAAUUCAUUUAAUUAUGAACAAAACUUACAGUUGGUAUUAUUGAUGAUAUGAUUCAAAGUAUCUGCAUACACCUUACACCUAUCUAAAGGGUUUUCCAAUUAGGACUGAUUGAUUUAGGGUGGUUUAUAAGAAGUUAUGCAUAAGGAAUCGUUUUUUUUUUAUUUUAAAGGUCCACAUAUGGCUAUUUGAAUGAAUCAACUGCCUGUCAGGGCUUCUCAUAGUAGGCCAGAUACAAAAGGUGCAAUGUUUAGUGAUCCUGUCAUAUAGGUGCGGAUGAAUUUGAAUAAUGGCCUGGGUUGUCUUGAACUUUAUUGGCAUGGGUGGAUUGUGGCUUUUAAAAAAUAUCUGCGACUUUUUUAGUCUGAUCUUUGAACCAAUGGACCUCUUGAAUCCAUGUCGCUAUGCGAAGUCACAGCGAACAGUUGACACGUCCAAAACAGCUCGUUUUACAACAUCGUCUGGUCCUUAUUGACUAAGAGUUUACUAUCCUUGACAGUCUUCCCCAGUUGCCGUUACGCCCACAUCUCCCCCACCAAUCGGUAAUCACGCCCCUAAUCAAACUUCUUCCAAUCGACGCGGUUGGACGUCUGCUUGUCUCCGACCCACAGCUCCGCUCCGCCCGUGUUUAGCCUUAGGCGCCGCGCCAUAUCAACGUCACGGCAGGCGACCCACCACUUACAAAGAAGACGGGCAGCUGCUGGAUGUCAUUGAAGCGUAUUGCAGUGCGGCGAAGCCGAGAAGUACUGUUAGUUCAGGUAAGAAAAUGUAGCUCAGAAUAACGACAGAUCUUUGCAUACCAAAUCCGACCAAACUUCGUGUACCAGUAUAACUUGCAAGAUAAAAGAUGUAGUACCUGAUAUUGAAGCAUUUAUCAUCAGCCUAAAACUGUAGACUGGAAACAGACGCCAUUGUACCGGACUUCCUUAGUUUAUAUUAUCAUUUUUUGGUCUUGUUUUUUAUCAUUGUAAAUAGAAAUGAAGAGAUAUUGAUACAGGUUAUUUCUGUUUAAUAUCAUUUAAAAAUACAAUAUCUCAUUGCUUUAAUUAAACAAGGUCUUUGGUUUUGAACUGUAGGCUUAAAAUAGGAUAUGCAUUGUGUAGGUGACCUGUUAACUGGAGGUAGCGUCCAGAUGCCAGAGAAACUAUGUAGGUCAUCUUCAUCUUCAAGAAUAUCUCAACCGGCACAACCGCACCUGUUCAGACCUCAUACUCAAAGAGCUACCACAUGGUGUUGCGGAUCAUUCGUUAAAAGACAGUUGAAAAAAACUCAACAACCACAUUCCAAAUAGAAUGUUUUUAAUCUUUAAAUGUUUAGAUUGCAGCAAGCUGCAAUCUGUUAUUCUGUGGUGUGACUAUCAAUAUUAUCAAUACCCUUAUGGUCCCUUACCUAAACUUGUAUGUACGUCAUAAAUCCAUACAAAUUAGCGAGCAAACAGUCAUAACUUAGGCUACAUAUAAAUAACGUCACUUGAAUAAUUUUUAAGAUCAAAUGUUAACCAAAUAAACAUAUUUUCACUUUAACUCCCUUCCCCUCUUCAGUAUAUAAAUUAUGUUAUUAUAUUAGUUUUAUCCUUUAGUUUGAUAGUACCCAUUAUUAAACUGUAUGGUAUAAAGAAGUACUUGAAAAGUGUAAGUCACAGAAUUGUUGUUUUGAAGUGGAAAGGGCAUAAAGCAUGUCUAACUUUGCUGUUUAUAUUUUUAUGCUAACUUCAAGCCUUUUUUAAAAGUGUUUGGUAUCUAACUUGUUAAAGUCUGCUUUAAGACGCCUAUAUAAAGUUGACAGUUGAAUAACAUGUUCUAAGCUACGAAGUUUGAAUGAUUCCACAUAAAUACGCACAUGUCGCAAGAACACUGUACGCGUUAUGAAAUUUGCAAAAUAAGAAAAUAGAAAGACAUAAACUGCAGAAGGAGCAAGAAUAAUCUCACUGGAAAUAAACAAGUUUUUACCUAUGCAUGGUUUUUGCAUGCUUUGAUACAGUGAACAGUGGUGCAGCUACAAAAUAGGAAAUUAUAUGUGUUUGUUUGUUGUCAUGUUAUAUUUAUUUUCGUUUAUUAUUAUACACUGUUUCACAUAGUAUAAUUUUUUCGAACAUUUCCCUGCCAAUUGAUAAUGCUAGCUGCACCACUGGCAUUAAAUAUACAUAUGUUACAAUCAUGACAUUUCUGUAUCUUUUAACAGUGAGUAUCUUAGAUGGUGGGCCUUCGAGCAAAUCUCUGGACCUUCACAAAGUACUGCCAGAAGCUAUCCAACAACUUCAGUCCAAGCUAGCAGUACUAGAAUAUAAUGUGUCUGCAUUAACAUCACAAUUGGGCGAAGAAAAGGAAGCAAGGUAUGCGUCUAAAUUCAAAAAAAAA